AUGGCUAAAACUAAAAAGACGCAAAUAAAAAAACGUACUGAGAGUUGGAACACAGAGUCCAUGGAAGCUGCUCUUAAAGCAGUUGAACGGAAUAAGCUCUCACAGAGAGCUAUUUGCGAAAAGUAUGGAAUUCCUCGUAGGACCUUGCGUAAUCAUAUGAAAUCUGGCACACCUUUAAAGCGUCUAGGACGAAAGAGUAUUCUUACUAUAGAACAAGAGAAGGAUUUAUCACAGCGGAUUUUGCGAAUGGCAGAUAUUGGCUUACCUAUAACUUUGAAGAUGUUAAAAUAUCAGGUAUACAAGUUUUGCACAUUACAUCAAAUUCCUCAUACGUUUAACACUAUUGCGUGCACAGCAGGCAGAUCAUGGCUUACAGCAUUUCUGAAACGCAAUCCUAAAAUUUCGAGAAGAAAGGCACAAUUUAUGAACCAAGCUCGUGCUCAAAAAUUGAACAAAUUUAUUGUAAAAGACCACUUUGAAAAGCUUAAUAACCUUUUGACAGAGCUAGAUAUAAAAUUUAAGCCGGAAAGGAUUUUCAACAUGGACGAAAAAGGCUGUAGAUUGACGAUGCAUCAUCAACCAACUGUUUUAGCUCAAAAAGGUGCUAAACGCGUCCACUUCAUCGCAAACGAACAUGCUGAAAAUGUUACUGUAGUUGGUUGUGUGUCAGCUAUAGGUAACGUGAUUCCACCUAUGAUUAUCUUUAAAGGUAAACGCGGAAAGCCAGAGUUCACUGAUAAUUUACCACCAGGAAGCAUAAUAAGCAUGGCACCAAAAGGCUUCAUAACUACUGAGCUUUUUAUAAAAUUUUUGAAUCACUUUGCUUCUUUCAAACUUGCUGGAAAGAUUCUGCUUGUUUUCGAUGGUGCUGCCUCUCACCUUGAUUACACAAUUGUGGAAGCCGCUGACAAACACGAUAUUGUACUGUAUUGUUUACCAUCCAAUACCACCCAUGAAUUACAACCACUUGACAAAUCAGUUUAUAGAUCUUUUGAGCACCAUUGGGACCAGGAAUUUCUAAAAUAUCAAGAUAAACAUCCAGAUAGAAAAUUCAACAAAACGAGCUUUAAUAUAGUGUUCUCAGAAGUGUGGUCGAAAUGCAUGACUCAAUCUAAUAUAACAAAUGGAUUUAGAAGUGUAGGGUUGUAUCCAUUUGAUCCUGAAGCCAUUCCAGACUCUGCUUUUGCUCCAUUAGUUCUAACAGAGCGUCCAACAAUAGAAAAUCAAACUCCAAACAUAGCGGUAAAUUCAUUAAUAGUCAGUGACGACAUUCCGUUAGCCGAAUUAUUAAACAAGAAUAAAGAAAAUCAAUCAACUGUUUCAAAAACGCCGUUCCAAAAACUUAUAACAACUCCAAAACGCAAAGAUUUCUCAGCUGGGAACUCGCAAAGAAAAAAAGCAUUAAAUUACAAAGCACAAAAGGUAACUAAAGAUCUCUUCAAGAAGCAAUAUGACAAAAAGUCAGAUCGACUUUCAACAUCUAAAGCUAUCACUCACUCCACUCCAACAGUUACUUGGUACUGUACGGCAUGUAAAGAAGAUCGUAUGGAGGAUAUGAGGCAAUGUACUAACAAUAAGUGUAAUAUAAUGGUACCACGAGUUAUAUGUGGGACUUACACCACAAGAUACAGAUUUUCAAUGCUGUUAAUAUUUUGA